UUCCAAGUUCCCUUUCUUCUCGAAUUACGCUCUACUCAGGCCAAACUCAAGCUUCUUCGUUUUCGGGUCUACGCUCGCUUCAUUAGAGAGCAGUAACGACGUCUCUAUAAUCGUAUGACUCUCUGAUAUUUCCUCCAGAAAUCCACAAACCGAAAUCUUCGCGAAAAAAACAACAACAACAAGAAACAACCGACAAUCAUUUUUAGCAACAAUAUCGUAACGAAAUUCCCCACUUCCGCUGGAACGUAACGCAACAUGGCUUCAAUCAAGCCACGUCAAACAGGACUACCUACUCCAGGUCGCCCUUCAGGUGGUGUUAGCGGGAUUCCAACACCAGGACUUGGUACGAGGUCGAGGAGUUCAUCGCAGGCUGGCAGUUCCCUCCCCAGCUCUUCAUCGGCAGCGAUAGAUGAAGAGUACAUGAAUCUCGCUUUCAAGAACGCUGUGAGAGCGAAUGAUCCCGCAACACAUCGGGUAUCUAGCAUUUCAUCGUCAAGUUCGGCGAAUGGGUCGUCCUUCGGGCGGAGUCAGAGUCAGGGUUCAGGGUUAAACCAAAGCAUGGGCAGAGCGAAGACGCCGACGUUCGCGAGACCUGCAAGUCGGCAAUCUGAUGUAGGAUUAGGGAAUACCAGAAGCGCUAGUAGGGCUGGAUGGGUCCCAGAAGUCGGAGACGCCGUGAGGAUUGAGAGCUUAGGAUUCGAGGGAGUAUUGCAGUACAUUGGGGACAUUGACGGGAAACCAGGACUCUGGGCUGGAGUCGAAUUAUCUGGAGGUUUCGCUGGGAAAGGAAAGAACGACGGCAGCGUUGCUGGCAAACAAUACUUUACAUGUCCUCCCAAAUGUGGUGUUUUUGUCGCGACAACUAAACUUUCUCCACCUACCGUUUCUCAUCCUGGGGCACGUCCGUCGUCUGUCGCUUCUUCGCGAGGCGGUCGUACGACACCUUCAUUCACCCCGUCAACGUCUACCGCAGGCCGUAUCACACCUUCCUCAUUCUCCGUGUCACGAGGUCCAAUCGGCAGGAUUAGCUAUGGUUCAGGCAGAACCACGCCUUCUACAUCUGGCCGAAUCACGCCCUCCAAUUCCACCGCAGCAACGGGUGGUUCACCCGAAACGCCUGCUCUUCGAGCUGCACGUCUGAGGGUCAUGUCGAAAGGCGGUAGUAACUCAACCUCCACCUCUACCACCAGAACCGGAAUGGGUGGCUUAAACAAAUCCUUUGCUACGCCUACCGCUAAAGCCAAGCCCUCCACCAUCAAUACUGGGAAUCAAGCCCCAGUACCGGUACCAGGCGUUCCCACUCCAGGUUCUAGGGCCAGCAAGUACGCCGGUAUGACAGCGAAACAACUGUCCCUGAAUAAAUCCUUGUCCUCUCCUAUCUCUUCCAAAUCACCCGUCACUUCCUCACUUCCUUCACCCAAAUCAACCUUAUCGCCUCUAACGGUAUCCAACACGAACAUCCCCUCAAGUGUUGUCUCUCCAACUCGCAUCCGUACGAAAACAGGUGUUAGCUCAAGUUUACCUGGACCUGGAUCCCCAUUCUCGACGCCUAAACCUCGUUUAGGCGGAACGUUUACCGUACCCAGUUCGGGUGUUAGUUCACCUACGGCUGGAAACACCCCCAAAGCGAGGGUGCCUUCUGGAGUUGCGAUGCCGCCACCGCCUGUACCCCUUCCACGAUUUGGUUCAGGCUCACCGAUGAGAAGUGUUUCGGCGACCUCGUCGGGGUCUACUGCAUCUUUAGAAUCUCCUACUGCGAGUCCGACGAGGAGGGCGAGGGUGACGGAUAUUGGAUUGUUGAGUAGUGAUGAGCUUGAGGCUAGGGGGAAGGCAUUGCAAGAGCGGAUUGCGGGGUUGACUGGUGGGAAGGUGACGCCUUCGCUUUCUUCUGAGGGAUCGCCACCUCAACAACAACAGCUACCCCCGGUUUCACCGGCUAGAAGAGGGACUAUUGUUAUGAAUGGAGGUGUGAGGGCUAGGUCUAGGUCUAGGUCUCGAACUGCUACUACGCCUGCGCCUGCUUCUCCUGUUAGGAGACCGCCGUCGAGAAGUGCAGGACGUAGUUCGAGACCUUCGAGUGUGGCAUCUACGCGACCGGGAUCUGUGGCUUCGGGUGUGUUGGGGAGAAGUGGGAGAGCUUCUGUUGAUCCGAGUGCGCAACUUGAGCAGAUGCAGAGUCGGAUCGACGCGCUUGAGUAUGAGAACUCGAGGCUUAGGGUGAAAGUAGAUGAUUUGGAAAGUGGCGGUGCUGUUACUGUUGCUGUUGCUUCUGGGGCUGUUGCUGGUCCAUCUUCAUCUUCAUCUUCCCCUCCUCCUUCUACAGACGAAUCAGCAUCUUCCUCUUCCUCUGCUGCUGUCGAGUUGGAGAAGCAGAAAGUUGUCGAGUUGAGUGCAAAAGUGGAAGGGUUGGAGAGUGAUAAGAAUAAGAUGGGUGGUGAGUUACGGAGGUUGGAGGAGAGAAGAGCGGAAUUGGAGGUUGCGUAUGAUCGAGCUGAGGCUGAUAAGGAGAGAUUUACCUUGGAGCGGGGUGAACUUGAAGCGGCCAAGGCUCGUUUAGAGGAAUUGAAUGCUACGUUGCAGUCCGAGAAGGCGCGGUUGGGUGAAGAGAAGGUUGGUUUGGAGCAAGAGAAGGCGAGUGCUGAGGAACGAAAUAGGGAGAUGGAGGGUGCGAAGAUUGAGGUGGAGCAAAAGUUGAAGAAGAUGACUGUUGAAUUCGAGGAGGAACGAAGGGAGCUUAGGGAGAGAGUUGAUGAGUUACGUCAGGCUGGCCAGGAAACCAUUGCUUUGUACGAAGAGAAACUCCGGCAAUCCGAUGUUCAGAAAUACGAGCUGGAGGAUCGAAUUGUUGAACUUGAAGCACAGGCGGCGUCCACUUUGUCCAGGUCGACCAACGCCAAGGUUAAUGGAAAGGCGGAUGGUGGCUUUGGCAGUCAUCAUCGGUCGUCUAGCGGAGCUUCGAGUAAUACCGUUGUGUCAAAUGCUGAUACAAAGUCGACUUUGGAAGACGCUACUCCUAUCGCCCAAACGACCUCUCAGAUCGAUACGGAAACGCUGCAAUUACAACUGUCGCAUUUGCAGAACAAGAUUGCUUCGUUGGAAGAUUUGUUGGAUGAUACGAAGUCGAAUCAUGAGGGAGAGGUUUCUGCGUUUACUGCUAGACUUGAGAAGGCCAGGGAGAGGGAAGAGGGGUUGAGGAAGGAAGUUGCGGAACUAAAGCGAGAGCUGGGUGAAUCCCAACGGGAGAAGGAAAGAGGCGUGAGGGAGGGAGGUCGGAGAGUUAUGGAAGUUGAGGAGGCGCUCAGGGAGAGCACUCUCAAUCUUGAGGAGAUGAGAGCGGAAGUUGAGGGUCUACGGGGAGAGCUGUCGAACAUGAACGGUUUGGCAGCGUCGACUUCGUCUGUCACCGGCGAGUUGCAGAACAAGCUGACGGAGGCUCAGAUUCGGGCUGAGCAGGAAAAGGAAGAUUUCUUGGAUGAAAUUCAACGACUGACAGACAAGAUGGCUGAUUGGCAGGAGAGAUGUGAGAAGCUCAAACGCCUCACGGAAGACCAAAGCGCCGAGAUUGAGGGUUUGAAGAAGAAAGUUAACCGUGACGUUACGAUCAACGGUAAUACGAUGCAGUCUCCAUCAACGCCAAGCAAGCAGGAGAAGUACGAUAAGCAUGAGUUGAACACGGCGAAGGAGGAGAUUAUGGGCUUGAAGCAUAUCAUCCAGGACUUGCAGAAAGAAAUGUUGACCGCGAGUCAAAGAAAUAAGGUAUUGGAGUCGGAGAACCAGCUUCUGAUAUCUGAGAUGGAACAAUUACGCCAGGAGGUGAAAAUUCUUGAAGAUAACCUGGACCAGAGUAUCCUCCGCGAGGAGGAGAACCUGACCAUUGACGGUACUGGUAACGGAUCAUCGGAUGUGGAUGCCCUGAAGCAGACUGUGAAGGAGCAACGGCUAAGAGCAGAUGUGGAAAUCGAACAGUUGAGAAAGAAACUGGCUGACGUUGAAAUGAAGAAUGCCAGAACAACUCAUGACCUGAACAAGGAGAUAAGCGAGCUCGAGGCAUUGGUAGAGGCCAAGAUAUACCGUGAGGACGAACUGGAGCAAGAGGUCGAACGCCUCAAGGAAAAGCUCAUCAAGCAUGAUAGGAAGAAAACUUCCAAGUCAAGUACAGAGCCUGAUGCGCUACUCGAGCAAUCAAAAGAUGCACCACGGCCUGCAUCCUCUUUCUCACUUUCUCACACCUCGAAUCCAUCCGUCUCCUUGCAGGGCACUGGUAUUGUUUGCGAGAUCUGUGAAAAGCCAGGUCAUGAUAUCUUCAACUGCGACCUAUUGAAGGAGGACGGACCGCUCUCGGCGAAGUCUAUGACUAACGCGGCUCACAAAGCCAUCAACGGGGAUGUUGAAGAGGUUGAUCUUUGGUGUGAAGAUUGCGAAGGUCAUGGCCAUUCCGCUGCGAACUGUCCUAACUCCGAGGAUGUUUUCUAAACGUGACUCUUUUUGUACGAUAUCAAACUUUGUUUCCCUUCUUUUCCUUCUCUGGUCUCUUCUCAUCUUGUUUUGGAUCAUUAUCGCAAUUUUUACGUUUUUUUUCUUAUGUCUUUCGAUCUGUACUGGAUUCCAUCCUGCAUCGUACCUUCAUUAUGCCCCGUUUAGUUCGCAUACCAUCAUCGUAACAGUAAAUUCUGGAGUAUUUCCUUGGACGCUCCCCCACGUUCGUUUCAUUUAUGUUCAUCCUUCUUUUUUCACUGCUCUACUCAUCACACGAUAUCUUAUACAACUAUAUACCCUCUUUCCUCAUUGUAGUCGCACGGAACGUUCAUUACAAUACGCCUUUCCAUCGAGGAAGUAUUAUAAGUAUAAGGCCC